CUCUUUCUCCUCUCCCGGCUUGUCUUCGGCGAGGGUUGACCAUGCCGCCUCCAGGCCAGGUCCGGCUCCCGGACUGGGACGGGCUGAAGCUGCGCGUGCGGACUCUGAUUAGCUCUCAUCGGGUCAUGAUCUUCAGCAAGAGCUACUGCCCUUUCUGUAGGAAGGUGAAAGAUCUCUUUCAAUCUUUGGGAGCAGAAUACAGUGUUUUGGAACUUGACAAGAUUGAUGAAGGACCUAGUAUUCAGGAAGUAUUACUGGAAUUUACGGGCCAAAGGACUGUCCCUAAUGUGUUUGUAAAUGGAACACAUGUGGGUGGCUGUGAUCAAACAUUUCAGGCUUACCACAGUGGAUUACUGCAAAAGCUUUUAGGGGAUGGCAAAGGUGAAGAAAUGGAAGCUUAUGAUUACGACUUAAUUGUAAUUGGUGGAGGUUCCGGUGGACUUGCAUGUUCUAAGGAAGCUGCCACCUUAGGCAAGAAGGUCAUGGUGCUAGACUAUGUUGUACCAACACCUUUGGGUACCUCAUGGGGGCUUGGUGGCACUUGUGUAAACGUUGGUUGCAUUCCAAAGAAGUUGAUGCAUCAGGCGGCCCUUUUAGGUCAGGCCCUGCAAGAUUCAAGGAAGUUUGGCUGGGAAUAUGAUCAGCAAGUUAAACACAACUGGGAGACCAUGGUCGAAGCAAUUCAAAACUAUAUAGGAUCCUUGAACUGGGGUUAUCGGGUGGCCUUACGUGAGAAAACUGUGACAUACCUCAAUGCUUAUGGGGAGUUUGUUGGGCCACACAAGAUCAAGGCAACUAACAGAAAAGGACAAGAAACUUUCUAUACAGCUCAGGCAUUUGUUAUUGCCACUGGAGAAAGACCUCGAUAUUUAGGUGUCCCAGGAGACAAAGAAUACUGUAUUACAAGUGAUGAUCUCUUCUCACUGCCCUACUGUCCUGGAAAGACUUUGGUUGUAGGAGCUUCGUAUGUAGCUCUGGAAUGUGCAGGAUUUCUUGCUGGCCUUGGCUUGGAUGUCACAGUUAUGGUGCGCUCUAUCUUUCUUCGUGGCUUUGAUCAAGAAAUGGCAGAGAGAGCAGGUGCCUAUAUGGAAACUCAUGGUGUAAAGUUCAUCAAGAAGUUCGUUCCUAUUGAGAUUAUAAAGUUGGAAGAUGGCAUGCCUGGAAAACUCAAAGUGAUUGCAAAAUCCACUGAAGAAUCACUGAUGAUUGAAGGAGAAUAUAACACUGUUUUGAUAGCUGUUGGUCGUGAUGCUUGUACCAGAAAUAUUGGCCUAGACAAAAUUGGUAUGGCUGUUAAUGAAAAGAAUGGGAAAAUACCUGCAAAUGAUGAAGAACAAACCAAUGUGCCUUAUGUCUAUGCUAUUGGAGAUGUUUUGGAUGGAAAGCUUGAACUUACACCAGUUGCCAUAAAGGCAGGAAAGCUGUUAGCCCGUAGACUUUUUGGAGGGAGCUCAGUAAAGUGUGAUUACAUCAAUGUGCCAACAACAGUGUUUACACCUCUGGAAUAUGGCUGUUGUGGAUUACCAGAAGAACGAGCUAUUGAACAACUUGGAAAAGAUAAUAUAGAGGUAUAUCACACUCUAUUCUGGCCACUUGAAUGGACAAUCCCCGAGAGAGACAACAACACUUGUUAUGCAAAAGUAAUCUGCAAUAAGCUUGACAAUAACCGUGUGAUAGGAUUUCAUGUUCUUGGACCUAAUGCUGGGGAAAUUACCCAGGGUUUUGGGGCAGCAAUGAAAUGUGGCAUCACAAAGGAAUUGCUUGAUGAUACAAUUGGUAUACAUCCAACUUGUGCAGAGGUGUUCACUACGAUGGACAUUACGAAGUCUUCAGGGAAAGAUAUCGCUCAGAGUGGCUGCUGAGGUUAAGCCCUGCUGUUUAAACUAUUUCCUGUUGGCACCGCUUAUCUAUAUGGAAGGUUUUAGAAGCAUUUAAACAUACACGGGUAAAUAAGUAGCAUCUGAUUGCAGUACAUUGUUACUAGAUAGUGCACUUCUGAAACUUCUAUGAAAAGUUGUGGUGUCGGCAGGAAACAGUAAAACAGCAGGGUAAACUUUUAAUCCUGAUUUGCUUAGAAUGGCACUCAAGUGUAUUUUUGAAGUUUUGGCUCUGAACCUCAGCCAGAGGCGAGUCAUAGCUGAUUACUUCUAUGCAAAGUUGGGAAAACCUAUUCGUCCAGUCAAACGUAGAGAUUCCUUCCAGAAGAACUUUUGAAUUGCACAAGUGAAAUUUAAUUUUCUUUGUUUCAGUGCUUUUGUAUGAUUGCGUCAGGCACAGUUGAAUGUAUAGUUAACUUUUGCUAGAAACUCCUCUUAACCCAGUAGGGUCACUAGUGCAUGUUGUUAAUUGUUAACAUGAAUAGUGAGGUUUGUUUGCAGUGUUUAUAAAUAUCCCAAUUUAAAUAGUCAUACAUUGGAAAACAAAUCUAAAAGUUAAUGCAACAUGUCCACAUAUGCAUCAAAGUUUACAGGACACACAAUAUUACAAUUUUAUUUUUAAUCUAUAGCUCCUUGGUCACCAAAGAAAGUAACGUUCUCAAAGGAACAAAAUUAUAAUUUUUACACAUUAUAAAAAUUUGUCAGAGUAUUUUGGCAAAACAAGGUCCAACAUCUCUAUCUGAGAAUUCCUUCACAUUUGACUACUCAAGAAAAAAUAUUUCCAUAUGAAAUUGAAAUCUUUUCAUGGUAAUCUUUCCCAUUUAUGGAAGUACUAUGUCAUAGCAGCGAACAUUGAAUUAUCGUGCUUUGUAAAAUUCCCAAUACAGUAAAUGGUUCAACACCGUCUCCAGUUAUUUUGAGGACAUUAGGCUUGGAUUACUUCAUUUUGUCUUAAGUAUGUAUGUUCUGAUGUAUGUUUUUAUUUCAAAAGCUGUAUCAUAUGAACAGUUUUAAGAAAUAUUUAUGGUGUAUCAUGGAUUUUAAAGUUCAAUAAAUGAACAAUGUCA